GAAAGAGCUCAAAGACUACAUGGCCAAGCAGGAGGGCCAGCAGCCGGUGAAGCCCGAGAAGCAGAAGCACGACUUCAAAGGCAUGAAAAAAGAGACGUUGUUAACGACGCCUUGGAAGGUGGAAAGGUUAUGGACGGAGAAGACGGCCGAUGAAAACGCCGAGCCUCCAUCUCCGUCCUUGACGCCACAGAGACCCCUCGGCUCAGGGCCACGGUUCCCUGGCCGCGAGGAGCUCAUCAAUGAGGGCCCCUUCCCGCUGCGGUCCCGGAUAGCUCAGUUGGCCACCCACGUGUACUACCUCUGGGGUGAAGCGAAGUUCACGGACUACUUGGCGCGCGGCACACCAGCUCAGAACGCAGCCCUGAACCUGGAGCACUUCGCUCGGCAGGCCCACCAGGCUGCAGUGAAGCUGCUGGAAGAUUCGCACAUCCCGCUAUCACGACCUCCGCCGAAUCUGCCUGUGGAGGUGAGUUCGGGGCCACCUGCGGAGUGGCUUUAUCUGUCCCGCGCUUUCUUGGAGCGGGAGUCGUCUCCGGAGCGCCCAAAGCAAAGAUUUGGCGCUUCCUUCCUCUGA